GCUGUUCGCUGCUAUGAAUCGCUAAUUUUGAAAGCUGAAGGAAAGGUCGAGUCUGAUUUCUUUUGUCAGUUAGGUCACUUCAACCUCUUAUUGGAAGAUUAUCCAAAAGCAUUAUCUGCAUACCAGAGGUACUACAGUUUACAAUCUGACUACUGGAAGAAUGCUGCCUUUUUAUAUGGCCUUGGUUUGGUCUACUUCCAUUACAAUGCCUUUCAAUGGGCAAUUAAAGCAUUUCAGGAGGCGCUUUAUGUUGAUCCCAGCUUUUGUCGAGCCAAGGAAAUUCAUUUGCGACUUGGGCUUAUGUUCAAAGUGAACACAGACUAUGAGUCUAGUUUAAAG